AUGGCGCUCACGUCAGAGUUCUGCCCCAGCGCCGACUCCCUCUCAUCGCCGCCGUCAUACACGCCGGGUGCGCCCUCGCCGCCGUCUCAGCGCGGCCUGAUGCUUUCGUCGACGGACGCCCUCUUCUUCUUGGACUCGUCCUACAGCCCGUCGUAUGUGGAGUACUACGAGGAGUACACGCCGUCGAGCCCUUCGCCGCGCGCGGAUUCACCAGACUACUCGCCAUCGUCAACGGGCGCCCCCUUUUUCUUGGACUUCGACGAGUCCUACACCUCGUCGUCCGCGGAGUACACGCCUUCAAGCCCUUCGCCGCGCGCGGAUUCGCCAGACUACACGCCAUCGAGCUCUUCGCUGCAUGCCGGUUCGUCAGACUACACGCCAUCGAGCCCUUCGCCGCGCAUGGGUUCGCCGGACUACACGCCCUCGAGCCCUUCUCUGCGCGCCGUGUCGCCGGACUACACGCCCUCGAGCCCGUCGUCGCGGCUCGUUUUCCACAUGGUGCCACCGUCGUCCCCGGAUUACACGCCACUGACGCCGUCAGAUCGCGCUGCAUCGCCUGAGUACACUCCGUCGACGCCUUCUUGCCACGCCGCGUCACCGGACUACACUCCGUCGACUCCUCCGAGGUACGCCGCGUCGCCGGACUACACGCCCAGUACGCCGCCUUCGUCACCCCCGGUGUCUGACGCCGAGUCACGCGCGUCGCCGUACUACACUCCGUCGACUCCUCCAAGUCACGCCGCGUCGCCGGAUUACACGCCCAGCACGCCGCCUCCGUCGCCCCAGGUGUCUGACGACGAGUCGCGUCCGUGCCACCGCCGCCAUCACCCGUACAAGAGGAGCGGCGCCAGCACGUGCUCCUCGCGCGCCAGUCGGAUCAGCCGCAGGAGGAUUCAGCGAGCCUUGGGUCGAUACUAG